CAGGAAGAGCAAGUCCCAAAUGUUUCCGUCUUCGAACUCGGACAAAUCCGGGAAGCAGGCUCCCAAGAUGUCUGCCACGCAUGUAAACUGCUGAUGGAUAUGUUUCAGAUCCUUGACGGAGAAGAGUCCAGCCCAGCUCAUCUGCGGGUCGCCGACAACGGCAACUUCUGCUUUGCGCUUCUGCCGCUGUAGCGUCCGGUUGUGGCAGGUGACAGCGAACUUACACUCGAUGACGUUCCACUGUACGAUGAAGCCCAGCUUAAACGUCUCGGUUUCUUCAAAUAUGUUGCUUUUAACGGCCACCCAGCCCUCCAGGCUGUCCAGACGCUCGCACUCCACGUUAUUCAUCUUAAAAAGAGAUGUUUCACUUUGGCCUCCGAGUCGCUGCUGGCUCUGUUUACAACGUCCGCCAUUUGCGUGACGUAAGCUGCCUUCAGGACCGCAGAAGCAUCCGGAACUUUCUCUAAACCAAAGAUACGUUUUGCUUGAUUUCUACGGCAAAGCAACAAUAACGACAAUGAGCCAGCCUCGAUGACCGUGUUGCUGAAAGAGUAGAGGGGGUCACAUUCCAGAUGUGUCUGUUCAAAAGCGCUUGAAUGAUGGCAGCGUAAGUUUACGAGGCGCAAUGAAUGCACCAUAAUGUCCACGGUAUCGUGUUCAACUUUAACCUUUGAAUCACAUGUUCGGGGAUUUCCAUCUCCUGAUAUCAAAGCAGUGGGUAGUACAGAACUGAAACUGGCACUAAUUAGAUUUUUUUUAGUGCUAACAAAACUCAGGCCUUUGAUUAGUCUAAAUGGUAUUUUUUAUCCAAUAAAUAACUAACUUCCUGCACGGAUGUUUGACAUGCCCCUGAGCAAUCUGAGUCCCAUCUAUUUUGGUCCCAGUUUCUGGGUGAAGGUUGGACUGCAUUCAGAGUUGGCCUGUCGGACGCCACUGUUGGCCUGAAAUGGUUGCUUAGAACAGACUGAUUUACUGAAUUAUCCAGCCUUUGUCCUGCUGCAGUCAUUGUCCUCAUGGACCUGUAUGAGAUCAGAGGGGGCAGACUGGGUGUGAUCACAGAGGAGGCUGAGCACCAGGAGUUAAGCAGGGGGUCGACCGCCAUGGAGCCCUACAGCGUGGUUCCAGACAGAGGAGGGAGGUCGGCCCGGGACGUUUCCACCUUCCAGAGGUUCUCCGUGGACACCAACGAGUCCCUUCGCUUUGAGCCCUGUGAUGGCAGCUCUCCAUCUCCCACUGGGGCAGAAGAUGGACAUGAUGACGAUGACGUGUUUCAGGAGGGAGAAACCGAGACAAUCAGGGAUCGGUUGCAAGGGAAGGUUGCUGAGAUGGAGAGCUUUGCGGGUCAUCUGGAGGAAAUCUUUCUCACCGUGGAGGAGAAUUUUGGCCGCCGGGAGCAGCACCUGGAGCAGCACUACAAUGACGUGCUGCAGACGUUGUCCCAGCGAUAUGACGAGAGGGCGGCUGGCCUGGAGCAGGAGAAGAAGGGCAAGCUGGAGGCCCUGUACAAUCAGCUGCUGGCUUGCGGUCAGGCGAUGGACGCCUCCAAGGAGCUCAUUGAGACGGCCCAGGAGAUCUACCGCAGCCAAGACAAGAGGAUUUUCCUGAAGACUGUUAUGCCCGCCAUUAAAAGAAUCGAGGAGUUUGCCAAAGAGGAGAUGGACCUCACGUUGGCCACGUGUCUUGAAUUCAACACGCCGCUCGCUGACCUGUCGGAUGUCAAAACCAUGAUGGACUCCAUCAACGUUGUGCCAGCUCCAUCUGCCCCAGUAAUCAACCCCCAGAUCUCCAACUCUGCCACCCAGACGUCGCUGCGUGUGUGCUGGAGCUUGUUCUCCGACGACACGGUGGAGUACUACGAGCUUUACUACAGGCCGGUGCUGGAGGACACGCCGGCAGACAGCACCUGCGCGCCGCACGUGGGCAAGGUGAAAGUGAAGGAGACCCACUGCACCGUCACAGAUCUGCUGCCUAAUGCUCAGUACGAGCUGUGGGUGACGGCUACCAACACCACGGGCAUCAGCCCAGCGAGCGAGAAGGCCCUAUACAUGACAGUGCCGUCCCCCCCGGUGAUCAAGCAGAGGGAGUGUACCAGCUGUCCAGAGGCUGCGCUGGUCCGCUGGGACUCCGGCAACACCAACCCUGUAGACUCUUACACCGUGGAGCUCAGUGAGAUGGGCACUGAUGGCACACAGAGCGGCGUUACUGAGUCUAUAGUCGCCGUGCCCACCUGUCAGUGUCUGAUCCAGCUGCAGACAGGACGCCGUUACCUCAUCUCUGUGAGAGCAGUCAACGUCGGCGGGCCCAGCGACAGGAGUGAAGUUAUUACCGUCUCCACAACAGGUACAUUCUUCUAUCUCCUGGAGGACAGUGCCCAUCCUUGCCUGUCCAUCUCUGAAGAUGGCUUCACCAUAUUUUAUGGCGAUGAGGAGCUGCCAAUUAGUGCAAUGGCUUUAGAGGACUACACCUUCACCAGAUGUGUAGCCGUCCUGGGGGAUCUGAUUCCAGUGCGAGGCAGGCAUUACUGGGAAGUCGAGGUGGAUGAUGGGACAGAGUUCAGGAUUGGAGUUGCGUAUGAGGACACAGAGAGGAACUCGUACCUCGGAGCGAACACCACCUCCUGGUGUAUGAGACACAUUCUCACCCCAUCCAGGCAUAAAUACGAGUUUCUGCACAAUGGCUGGAGUCCUGACCUGAGGAUUACAGUGAACCCAGUGCGGAUAGGAGUGGCACUGGACUACGACAGGGGGACUCUGUCCUUCUUUAAUGUGGAUCUGGAACAACACCUACACACCUUCCACUGUCAGUUCCAAAAUUAUGUCCACCCCUGCUUUGGCCUGGACAAUCCAGGAGCCCUUACUGUGCACAACGGCAUAGAGGCUCCUGAGUACGCAUUCAUCUGACACCAGCAGUCAUAUCUAAUGUUAACAUGAAAUAAAACCCAGGAUGGUAGGAAGUGAAACAACUUUGUUUUUAAUACUUACUGAAGAUCUGAGUGACAUCCUCAGUAAAGAUAACCCUAAUUCAUAAAUAAAGCAUCUGUUGACCAUCCUCAGCAGUAGAAAAUGUGUGGGAUCUAAAGACAAUAAGGGGCUUUCAGUUGUUUUUAUUAUUGUAUUCCAUGGGAACAGGCAUACACCAUUUUCCAAGAUAAGAAAAAGUUUCACUGAAUUUUACAAUAUGUAUUUAUACCAUCAGCAACUGCAGCAGACCUAGUGUAUAAAUUAAAAAACGGAAUAAGGGGCUUGUUUCUGAUGAACAAAAGAUGCUUUGAAAAAUGAAAUAAAAUUGUUUUAAGAAAGAAAAUCCAUUUAUAGUUAUUAUACAAUUGUAUUCACAUCUUAAAAGGAAAAAUCCACCCCAAAUACUUCCACACUGUUAAAAGUGGCCAUUUUUUUUAGGGGGUACAUAUUUUGCAACAGAAAUUUUAUCUUCCAUUUAACAGACUGAUAAGUGCACGUUUUAUAGUCAGAAUAAAAAAAAGGCUUCUGCCAAGACAGCAAUAACACAAAGGAGAAAAACACUGUAGAAAAGACCUGUAUUUUCUAAAACCAUCACCUCAAAAUUCCUUGAUGACGUGUAGCCACAAGUUGUGUUGCAUUUUAAGUAACGCGGCUACAAACAUAUGCACAAUGACUAGUCAGCAGGCUAAUUCUAUAUUUACAUU